AUGUCUGCCGAUAUCAUGCUCUACUCGAGCCCGUUGCCGAAGCGGCACUUUGACAGCACGGCCGCGCUGCGGCAGGCGGUGUUGUGCAGAGGGGACGAGUACAGCGAGUACGAGCGGUUGAUUCUCGAGGAGGUCAACGCGCUGCGCCGGGACCCGGUCGGCUUCGCAGCGGUGGUGGAGGCGGAGGCGACGGUGGGGUACCCGUUUGUGCGGGACGACCCGCUGCCGGCGCAGUGCUCGGAGAUGACGCUCGAGCAGCUCCGCGUGUACGUUGAGGACUUCCAGCGGGAGCGGCGGGAGGUGAAGGAGGCGCUGCGGCAGACGCGGAAGGAGUGGUCCGAGGCGGAGGCGGCGAUGAAGGAGCGGUGGGGUGUGGAGGACGUGGAGCGGGCAAAAAAGGCCAGGCGCAGCGGCGCCGCCGGCCGCAAGCAACGCAGCCUGCCGUUGAGGGAAGAAGACUACGUCCUGGACCGGCAGCGCGCCGCGCAGGAGCUCACCGACCGCUACACGCAGCAGACGCGGGAGGCCAACGCGCGGCUGCUGCACCUGGAGCGCUCCUGCAAGUGGGCGAUUGACGGGGCAAACCUCAUCAUCAAAUGCGUGCAGGAGCUGCGAGAGGUGAAGGCGGUGCCGGAGCUGGCGUACAGCCGCAGCCUCACCCUCGCCGCCCGAGACAUAGGGAACGAGUCCCACCAGCCACCUCUCGUGCGGGCGCUAACGCCACGGACGUCGCUGCUCGCAGCGUCCUCGCCGCAGUACAACGCCGCUGGCAACGGGGACGCGCCGCAGCUCCCGCAAAGUCAGAGUAUUGUGAGCAACGAGCAAGGCUCACCUCUACAUCGUUCCUCCUCGUUGGUGGCAACGCCCCGGGAGGAGGGGGGUCACACCAGCUUCCAGCAAAACGAGAGUAACCAUAAUAACGAGAGCGGCUCCGCCGACAUGCUGCAGCCGCAGAGGGAAGAAGAUCUUGACCGGGCGAACGCCUCUCUCUUCGAGUCGUACAUGGCUUUCUCCGAGAACUGCACCCCGCUGCUUUUCCGACCGCAGGAGGCUUCCGGCGAGAGUGAACAUCUUGCGAAGGCGGCAAUGCGGGCCUGCAGCCAGUAUGGGUAUUACUCCGGCGUUAUCCGCGGGUUACAGCUUUGUGGUGCCUUUGCGCCACGCAAGAUGGUAAUUCAGAUACUGCUCGGGGCUCGCGUGUCGCAGUUUACGGUGCAGGCACAAAACCCCACGCAUGACGCAAGCGACUCUACAUUUUUCUCUACGACGAAAAAUGCAUCAACGACUCCGCUCCUCUGGGUCAAUGGCCGCCUCUUCGGUGGCGGCUGGGUGCGGUCGCUGCAAGGGACGGUGAGCGCCACGAUCCUCGUCGCCGCCAGCUUCGAGGAGCUGAGCGUCAUCCACGAGCGCCGUGAUUUUACGCUUCCGCAGCUGCACCGCAUCCUCAAUAGCCCCGGCGCGGUUUCCACGGAGAGAGAGCCCACUCGACCGGCGGUGGUGCACAUUCAGUCCUCGCUGGGCGUCGCGGUGGUGGAGCCCGUGGCCCACCCUAUUCUGGUGGGCAAGGAGCAGCGCGUGGCGCGGGUGCUUGUGCAGGCGGAUCCAAGCGUCGCCGACCUCGCCGCGACGGUGUGCUGCGUUUCCGAGGCGAUUCCUACCGUCCCGCUGCUGGAUCGCGAGUUGCUGCUCGUGCAGCGCAGCCGCGACAACAUUCAAGAGGUGGAGAUCCUCCUCGACACGCAGGCGGCGUGGCACCGCUGGCCAGGCCACCCCCUUCUCGUGCACCUGUUUGAGCGGGAUAAGAACGCCGCGACUGUGGGGGCGUUCACAAACAUCGGCUUCGUCCGGGUGACCCCGACGCAGCGCGCCGGCGACCGGUUCGGGGCACUCACGCAGUUCACAUCGCUUUCCACCGCCGGAGAGAAGGGCGCCGGGGUGGCUCGCACGCCGCCGAUUUUAGCGCACAGGCGAUGCGAGGGCCCGAGGGAGGUCAAGGAGGAGCCGCACGGCUGGCCCCUCGUGACGAUGCACUUUCAGGAGCUCUGCGCCACCGUCGUUGAGCCGCUUAGGGGAACGCUGAUAGCCGACGACGAAGUGCAGCACGUCGCCAUACAAGUCCCGGAGUUUGAAUACCUGCAGCACCGCCUGGAGCACAUCCUGCUCCUGCUAGAGAAGGAGCAGUCGUUUUUUGAGUGGGAGGCGGCGAGUGGGAGCCAGCAGCGGAUGAAUGAACUGAUUGCCGCAACUAUGUCCAAACUGAAGGUUGCCGAGGAGGAGCUGCGGGAGCAAGAGGGCCCCACGCAGCAGGAACUCGCACAACUUCAAAAAAGUAUGGUGAAAAAGCGCGGCAAGGAAAUGGCCAGGCUUAAACGACAGGAGGAGGAGCUGCUGCAGCGCACUGCCGCGAUGAAACAAAAUGUUGAGGACCUGCGCCAAACCCUGGCGGAUGCCCAGGAGGACUUGGUGCAGCUGGGACGUGAGUACACGCUUCGCGUUAAGCGCCAGCGGAAUUUGCGCCAAGAGUACGAACGACUGAGCGAACGCGCCAACCGUGCGAAGCCGCUCCCAGUGGAGGUUGUGCUUGUCCCCGAGGACGCCACGCUGACCAACGUGGUGAGGAAAGUCCAGCUGCGGCCGACCAACGACGCCUGCACCCUGUACGAGGGGGAUGUGCGGCUGACGCAGGGCUUCAAGGGGAACGUCGUGCUCUUUGUGAAUGAGCAGGAGACGGUGCGGUGGGAGUUGCGCCCGGGGUACUAG